AUGCUGGGAAAAGACUUUGUUCCAUCCUGUUUUGUUGACACGCUCUUCAUUUUAAGCCCGAAACCCAAGCUUCCUGCGAAGAAUUCAAAUCAGGGAGGGGAGCGCAGCCCUGAUACAGCCGCCACUCCCUCUGCGCGGGGCUCCCCGCGUCCUCGCCCCCAGCUCUCAAGGGGUCCGAGCAGCUCCCACUUCACAGUAAAGCACCCGAAGCCCCGAGCUGCUGACAAGAUGCCCAGAGGCACACAGGUACUAAGGGCUCGGUCUGGGACCUGUGGCCGGGUCCCUCUUGAGAAUCCUGGCUCUUCUGACUACAUCCCGGGCACAGAGCGGGGCCUUGUUCGCUGGCUUGGAGGAAAACGCUCCUGUUCAUCGGCCAUGGCUGGUCCACCAGUGCCAUGA